AUGACCGGCGUCUCAUCAACCUGCGUCCGCUACUGUGCUGCUGUUCCCAGUACAGGGCAGGUUGAGGUCCUCACGGGAGCGCUGAAUCCGGCCACCCAGGUGCCGAAUUUUGCCCAGGUUGGCACCGCCGCUGCCACCACGCCGAGGAAGGCGAGGACGGAGGAGACCGCCACCACCACCUCACACCGGAGGAGCUGGCCGGCGCCGCCGCAGCCUAGGAGGGCCCCUGAGCACCCGGGGACCCAGCCGACCGACGCCCGCGACCCACCCAGCCGCUCGACACCUGCGGCCGCCGGAGCACUGCAGCAAGCUCCCCUGCCCGUGGCCGGCGUUGCCGCCCGCCCUGCAGCCGCCCCCCACCCGCGGCCUGGCGACCGGCCCCCGGCGCCAUACACCCGCGUGCCCCUUGUGGACCGGCCGCCGGGGCCCUGCACGGCCCGCCCCCUACCGCUGCCAUUUCGGAGCACCAGCCACCACCGGCCGCCGCCAUUGCCGCCUCCGCCAGGGCCAUUCGUGCCGCCGGAUCCAGAUCUGCCCCUGGUUCCCUCCAUUACAGAGAAUGUUGGUAGUUGCUACUACGGCUAA